UGUCACGUUUGCCAGCAGAACGCGUUAGUGCAUUUCGGUUAAUUCUUCAAAAGUUUGUUAUUACGGAGUUUUUAUAUAAUAAAUAAAUUACUAUGGAGAAACUUGCGUCGGCCAAAACGUGUCUAAAACUGUUGCAGGUUUUGCCUGGCAUGCAGCAGGCGGCCACCAUUCCAGGUGGCCUGGCUCCUCCGCUCCAGAAUCUUAUCCAGAUGCAGCAGGUGCGACAUAGACAGACCAAGCACUGGCAGCCCGAGUUCAAGCGGCUGCGCAAGCUGAAGUUCGUGAAAAUGGAUCUGCCCAAUCUGCGAGAGAAACAGGAGGAUAUUACCAAGGAGGAGAUGCGCAGCCGGAUGAAGGAGCGCGGUGUUCUGCCGCCGCGUCCCUGGAUGGAGCGUCCAUUCCACAUCAGCUGCACCGGGGGCAUCUUCGAGGCGUAUGUGCCGCCGGAGGGCGAUGGCAAGAAGUCAAUAAUCUCGACAUCGGGCGCUAAGCAGAAGCUGGAGUUUCUGGAGAAGAAGUCCAAGAGCCUGAUGGCCGUGCGUAAGAUUCGUUCCUACGAGGAGAGUUUCGGCACCGACGAGUUCGGCGCCGAAGCCCAAGAUAUCUACAUCCAGGCGCACACGCACAUGGCCGCCAAGGAGAAGUACAAGAUCCGUGAGUUUGUCACCGAGCGCUGUUAUCCGGAGAUGAUGCACAACGUCAAGGACAAGACCAUUCGCUGGAAGUUCUUGCAGUCGCUGGAGCCACCACGCGUCGUCCAUGCCCGCGUCACCGAGGUGAUCACCAAGGAGAACCAGUUCGCCCAGGUCACCGUACGUUUUCACAGUCAACAAAUGUUGGCCAUAUACGAUCGCUUCGGCCGGCUGAUGCACGGCAGCGAGAUCCUAACAAAGGACGUACUGGAGUAUGUAGUGUUCGAGAAGCACAUCUCCAAUGAGUAUGGUAAGUGGCGGCUGCACGACAAGAUCAUCCCCGAUUGGCUGCCGGCCAAGGAGCCGGCUCCCAUUACCUAUCGUCUUAUCGAGGAUGUGGAGGAGGAGCCUCCAAAGGAACUGAGCGCUGGUGAGGAGGCAAAACAACUGGAGACAGGCAGCGAACAGCCCAAGGAGCAACUCCAACUGACCACCCCAGUUGAGAGCCGUGCGAAACCGUCUCUGACCAUUUGAUUGUACUUUUUAUGGGCCGCCUGGCGGCUCAGAAGGAUGCGCUUAAAUGUAGCCGAAUGAGUUUUGAGUCACCACAUUGUUAAAUUAUAAUUUUAAAAAACAUUUUCAUUUGUUUUUAUUUUACUUUAUUAAUAUAUUUAAACAUACGAGUGUGGAAUACACAUAUAAAGAUAUUUACGGAGAUGUAGGUAUGAGCAUAUGCAUAUUUUUGUCUUUGAUCAUUUUGCAAGUUCAUUGA